AGGCGCCAACAAAGACUAAUUCAGGAGCAGCUUCACAAAGCUGCUAUCUGCACGCACAUCAUCCAACAGUACAUUACAGCUUAGUUUAUUUAACGCAUUAACAUGCCAGAGGAAACAGCAGCUGCUUCAACUGCCGAAAGUAUGGAGGAGAAGCCUUGCUCGUCAAGCGCUGCAGACAGCUCCGUCGAUGUUUCUGAGGAAGCAAAGAAGCUGGUUGGCACAGGCAACCGGCACUUAGUGAUGGGUGAUGUUGUGUCUGCAGUGAGUGUGUUCCAGGAGGCUUGUGCCAUGCUAGCUGAAAAGUAUGGAGACACUGCUGAUGAAUGUGGUGAAGCUUUUUUCUUGUGUGGGAAAGCCCUUCUGGAGCUUGCUAGGAUGGAGAAUACAGUGCUUGGUAAUGCUUUAGAGGGAGUCCCAGAAGAAUCGUCUGAAGAAGGCGAGAAACCGAAUGACUCUAAAAUUGAAAGCGCAGACAACUUGGAUGAGAAAACCAGAGAUGAGCUUCGAGCACAGGUUUAUGAUGCCAUGUCAGAGGACAAAACUCAGUCAGAGGUUGAAAAAGAGGUGGGGGAAGGUGAGCAGAAGAACCAAGAAGUUAAGGAGAAGCAGGAGACGGUUAAAGAGUCAAAGGAAGGGGAUGCAGCAUCACCUAAAACUAAGAAACCAGCUGAACAUGAGGCAAAACCUGCUGAAAAUGAGAAACUAUCUGAACAUGAGGCAAAACCUGCUCAAGAUGAGGAGAAACAAGCUGAAAAUGAGGAACCUGCCGAAAAAGUUGAGAAGUCAAAAGCUGUGGAUGAAAGCGCUUCUAAAAAGGAAGAUGUCACUGUGUCAAAUGGAGUUACUGAAAAGGGUGAUGAGGAGAAAAAUGGAAAUGAAGAGAAUGAAGAACCCAUGGAAGAUGGAGAUGAGGAUGAUGAUGAUGAUGAUGAGGAGGAGGAUGCAGAGGGUGAAACAAAGGAUAAGGACAGUGAGGAGGAUGAAGUUGGAAACCUGCAGUUGGCCUGGGAGAUGCUUGAGGUUGCAAAGGUGAUUUAUAGAAGAAAAGACUGCAAAGAAGAUCAGCUAAUGGCGGCACAGAUUUACCUGAAACUUGGAGAAGUUGGAGCUGAAUCAGGUAACUACAGCCAGGCUCUGGAGGACUUCAAUGAGUGUUUAACCUUGCAGCUGAAACACCUUCCCUCUCAUAGUCGUCUUCUGGCUGAGACUCAUUACCAGUUGGGCACAACUUACAGCUACACAGCCCAGUACAGCCAAGCCAUUGAGCACUUCUCCAACUCCAUCAAAGUCAUCGAGAGCCGUCUUGCUAUGAUUCAGGAGGUAAUAGACAAGGCGGAAGGUGCAGAGGAAGCAAAGGAAGAGAAGAGUGAGCUUGAGGAAUUGAAACAGUUACUGCCAGAAAUUACUGAGAAGAUUGAAGAUGCUAAGGAGAGCCAGAGGACGGCUGCUGCAGCAUCUGAGGCCAUCCACCAGACUCUUGCAGGAGCAUCCACCUCAUCUGCAUUCCCAGCUGAAAAUGGUGGCCCGUCCUCAUCUACUGCUAGUCAGAUUCCUGUGAGACCAGCUGAUGGUGCAUCUUCCUCAAAAUCUGCAUCUGACGUUUCUCACCUUGUUCGCAAAAAGAGGAAACCAGACGAGGAGAGUCCAAAAAAGGACCGUGAUGCUAAAAAGAAUAAACAGGAGACCUCAGUUAAUGGCAGUGAUGACUCCGCCCACAACGGCAAUGGAGUCCAGGAGAAAAUGGAGCAGCAGUCAGCCAAUUCUUCCUCUGUGGAGACGUCCGCAUAAUGGGCAUCUUCUGAUCGACCACUUACCUUCCAACCUGCAGAGCAUGCCUGCCUCAUAUACGCCAUGAACAACUUUUGUCUCUUUGUUUUGUAAAUAACCUGUUUUCUUUGUCUGUCCAAUUUUUGUAUAAUUGUAGUAAACUCUGAAUAAAGGAUAUUUGCAUA